CACCCACCAGAACAGGGUUUUGGGUGGUGGGGGAAACCAAAGACUUGGAAGAGAAGGUGGUUCUUUCCCUCAAGCUUACAGUCUAUGGGGAGAAGAACAAGUCGUGUUUGUGAAGCAACCCAAUCACAAGGCCAGUGUUACAAGCUCAGAUUCGAUAAAGAUGCUGUGAGGGAGAGAGUCAGCAAAGAGUUGGGCCUCUGUUUCAGCAGGGAAGCCUAGUGCAGGAUCCUUUUGAGAGUAGACUUAGUGGCCAGUCUGAGGCAGGGCUGAGCUCAGGCCAUGAGGUUGGUGAGCUUGACCCUGGUAGGCAGCCAUCAUCAAUGUGCCUUGGAGCUGCUUCAGAAGCACUUGAGGAGAGAAGCUGCCAGCCCAUCUUCCCUUUUGGAGGAAUGAGUCUAGGGAAUUUGGUCCCUCCCUUUCAAAGUCGCCCUCAUCAGUCCCUUCUCAGGCUCUCCCAGAAAAUAGCAUCAAGUCACUCAGUCAGUAAGCACUGCUUCUCAUUCCUUCUUUGGGGAAUUUCUAGAAUUACUCAAGUCAAAGGCUUUGAGGAUGUCUCGGCACAGUGAGCGCCUGCGCCUCCGUUACCAGGCACUUGGUGAUGGAGGCAACAGCAGCAGCAGCAGAAGCAGCAGCAGCACUGGAGGGAAUUCCCAGGUGGCUGAGCAGCACACCAACUGGAGGGAGGGUCCCCUCAGGACUCUGAGGAGGAAGUCCAGUAGGGUCAAAGGCUUCUCAUCAGGCCUCUCACCAGCCCCUCAUCUGGCCCUGUACACCUGUAACACCCCUGAAUCCUCCUCAGGGUACUUCUCCGAGGAUGACUCUGCAGGUAGGCAUCACUUCUUCUGCCCUGGAGGCCCAUUCCCCAGGCGCUGCCCCACUUCCUUCAAAGGGUGCCCCAUAGCUGGGGGUGGAGCAAGUAUCUCUCAGAUAAGAGGAAGAGAGAACUCUGCAGUCUGGCUCCAGUUGGGCGAUUGAAGGGUGGAGGGGGGGCUCA